AAACACUUGAUAUUUGAAUGUGGCUUGCGUAGAGGAACGUCCGUGGCCAAUAUUCGGAAGUUUUGUAAAGACCACGGGUUAAAAAGACAGCGAGUGACGGACCAACAACUUGAAGCUGCAGUCUCCAAUGCAAUAACACAGGGUGGUCCUACCUAUGGCAGGAAAAUGAUGACUGGGAGUCUUGCAGCUGCAGGUGUCUUCGCAUCAGAGGGUCGUGUUGGAGCUGUUUUGCGCAACAUUCACCCACCUUACCAUAAGGCACGAUGCCAGGGAGCAAGGAACCUCAACCCUCUUCCUUACCAUGCAGCCUAUGUGGGUCACAAAAUCCACAUGGACCAAAAUGAGAAGAUUGUCAUGUUUGGCGUGACUCAUGUGCUGGCAAUAGAUGGCUUCUCCAGCAAAAUUGUUGGACAAGCUACUAUGCCUGUAAAGAACAACCUCACCAUCUACAAUGACGUUUACAGGAGUGCAGUAAUGGAAUAUGGGAUGUGGGACCAGGUCAGAGUGGAUCAUGGAAAGGAGUUCUACCUCACUCUUUUCAUGCAGGAAAAGUUGGCCAGCCACCGCCACAACACUGAAAGGCCACCAUAUCUCCAAACACCAUCGACAAAGAAUGACAGAAUCGAGAGGAUCUGGCCAGAAAUCAACAACCGGGUUAACUACCCGUUGAAAGCUGCAUUGGUCGAACUGGUGGAUCAGGAGGAGCUGGACAUGGAGGACCAGAUGACUCGGUUCUGUGUGUCAUCUUUGACAUGCCAGUUGGCCCAGAUCGGUGUUAACCGAACUGUGCAAGCAUGGAAUGCACACAGGAUUCCAGGUAUGUCUUCGGGGAGGGGGAUACCAAAUUACUUGGCCAGAGAUGGAUGCCCAAAUAAGCUGUCGACAGACCUUUUGCCAAAUGCAUCUGUGGCUGCAGACUGGUACGACCAGGAAGUGGGCUCACUGACACGAGUGUCAGACUUUGGCACCAACCCGUUUCCAAGUUCACAGGACCAGGAAGCUGCAGUGAGGGGAUUUGCUCUGCAGUGCCCUGAUACAAGUGUCCUGCUGGACAAUGCAGUGAAUAAUCUGCCACAACCGUUCAAAGAUGGACUCAAAGGCCUCAUCGACAUCUCAAGGAGAAAUUGUCAACGCUGAUGUUUUUGUGUGUGUCUAAGUUGUUCUUGUCUGUGCUUUUUAAUUGGUUCAACUGACGGAAUGUUUUUUUCUUUUCUUCAAA